AAAACAACUAAAAAAAUAGUGCAGAGGGAAGGGGAAAAAAACGCGUUCAGUGUGAACGGCCCAUAAAUCUUCUGAAAUAUCCCCAGUCAGAAGGACAUGUCACCAUGGUAUAGACAGGUAUUCGGUUAAGGAGAUUUGUUACUAUGGUUACCCGCAAAUAAAUAAACAAAUACUGCCGGUCUUCAGUAUGUCAAUCCGUUGCCAUGGUUACUCACGCUCACAUUAGCACAGUUGAGCGCUGCGUCCAGAUGGUGGCGAUGCCCGCAGCCCGCUUCAUUCAAUAGACCAGCAAAGUCCCAAAACACAGAAACUGUGCUGGACUACAGACGUGAAGCGUCUGCCAGAAUAAAACGGUAUAUUUACAACGUAACUAGGCUCCUGUUGAUCCAUUUUACGGACAGAAAUAUGAAAAUAUGGUAGUUAAAACGAGAAAAUCAAAUGCCAAGGAGCAGAGCAGUGAGAAAGGCAGGAGUCAGUCUGUGUCUGGGAAAAGCAGGCGUGGGAAAGAUGGAAAAAGCUCAGCUAUCCAGAGCAAAAACGGACUCUUUUCUGGGGUAAUAAGAAACAAAUUGGGCUUGAGUCCGUCCGCUUUUGCAAGAGGAGUAACAGUGUUGAUUCUCGCUGUUAUUGUUGGAUUUUUACACUGGUAUCAUCUCUCACACCUAUUUGAAAAUGACAGACACUUUUCACACAUGUCAUCCUUGGAGAAGGAGAUGGCUUUUCGAACAGAGAUGGGGCUGUAUUACUCAUACUUCAAAACCAUCAUUAAGGCUCCUUCCUUCAUGAGUGGUCUAUACAUGAUUAUGAACGACCGGCUCACUGAAUACCCUUUGGUGAUAAACACCUUAAAGAGGUUCAACUUGUACCCUGAGGUGUUCUUGGCCAGCUGGUACAGAGUAUACAGCAGCUCAAUGGAUUUCUUUGGGAUCCCUACCAAGAUGUGUUGGACUAUCAACCGAGGGGAGGGACUUGAGCCAGUGGAGAGUUGUGAAGGUUUGGGGGACCCUGCAUACUUUUAUGUCACUUUUGUUUUCCUGUUAAAUGGAGCAAUGAUGAGCCUGUUUUUCAUUUAUGGAACAUUUCUGAGUGGCAGUCGACUGGGUGGCACUGCUACAGUUCUGUGUUUCUUCUUUAACCAUGGAGAAAGCACACGGGUUAUGUGGACUCCUCCCCUCAGAGAAAGCUUCUCCUACCCCUUUCUGGUUCUACAGAUGCUUCUGGUCACGUACAUCCUCCGGACAAAGAACCCAAGUAGAAAUACCAUGAUGGCUCUGGGUAUCUCUAAUAUUUUCUUCAUGCUGCCUUGGCAAUUCGCCCAGUUCGUCUUACUUACCCAGGUGGCCUCCCUGUUUGCUUCAUAUAUCCUUGGAUAUCUGAGCCCAGUGAAAAUGCAGUCCCUCUUAGUGACACACAUGAUUUCCUUGGCCGUCUGUUUCCUUCUAAUGUUCGGGAACUCAAUGCUGCUGACGUCCUUCUACGCCUCUUCUCUGGUCUCCAUCUGGGGGGUCAUUGCUCUUAGGGACCAUUUUGUUGGUACUUUCAAACCUGGGCUCUUCACGUGGAUCAUGCAGUGCCUCGCAUGGGUGGUCUCUACUGUAAUUCUUAAGUUCAUGCUCUCUGUGAUCUUGGGGGCAUCAGAUGAUGCUCACAUCAACAGUUUGAUCAAAUCCAAGUUCACAAGCUACAAAGACUUUGACACAAUGAUGUACACAUGUGCAGCUGAGUUUGACUUCAUUGAAGCAGACACUCUUUUCCGCUACAUCAAAACCUUGCUGCUUCCAGUUAAUAUGCUGAUUGUGGGUUUCAUUGCUGGGAGGACUAUACGGGACAUUAUUAUGUUUCUCGGAAAUGGUGAGACAAACAAGUGUGAGGAUAAUGAAACAGAGCAGACCCAAGUGUUGGCGAAUGGAGUGCUGGUGUACCACAGUCUACAGCUGGUAGCAUUUGCAGUGUUGGCUGUGCUCAUUAUGAGACUGAAGCUGUUCCUUACUCCUCACAUGUGCAUCAUGUCCUGUUUAAUCUGCUCCAGACAGCUGUUUGGCUGGAUAGGACAGAAAUUUAAACUUCAAAUUAUAGUCGUUGCAAUAUUGUCCAUGAUGGCGAUCCAAGGAGUAGCCAACCUGCAGAGUCAAUGGGGCAUCAUAGGAGAAUUCAGCAACUUUCCACAAGAGCAGCUCUUGGAGUGGAUCAAGGACAACUCGAGCCCUAAUGCUGUGUUUGCUGGUGCUAUGCCCACCAUGGCUAGUGUAAAACUGUCCACUAACAGAGCCAUCGUCAAUCAUCCACAUUACGAGGAUGCAGGAUUGAGAGAAAGAACAAAGAUGGUAUAUGCCAUGUACAGCCGGAAGCCAGCCGAGGAAGUAAAGAGGAACUUGAUAAAGUUGCAGGUGGACUACUUCAUCCUAGAGGACUCGUGGUGCACCAGACGCUCAAAGCCUGGUUGCAGCAUGCCUGAGAUUUGGGAUGUGGAAGACACCCAAAAUGCAGGAAAAGUGCCACUUUGUACUCUCAUGUCUAAGGAUUCACGACCCCACUUCUCCACUGUCUUUCACAACAGCAUUUACAAAGUCCUUCGAGUUCCCAAAACAGUUAAAGAUAUCAGAUGACAGUGCCCCCAACCCCCAAAAACGUAGACCCUUCUGUUUUCCUGUCUUUGAUACGUAAGUGUGAGAAUAUUCACAGUAAUGAUUAUUUUUGUAAAGGGCAGUCCUGUUUUUUCUUGAGAUCUGCUUUUGCCACUUUGGUGUCAGUUUUAUUUUGAUUAAACAGAUGUUUAAACCAUGGUAAAUCAGGUGAUAGUCAAUCUGCAGAUAGUCAAUCAGUAUUGAAACUAUUUUCCUUAACCAUCUGCUCCCAUGCUUGUUGAAAUGUAUUUAUUUUGUUAUUUGGAUGACUGUGAUUUUUCCCAUCCAUUGUGCUGCUGUUUGCUGUUUAGUUAAGGUCCAGAUGUUUUUCAAAGGUUGAAAGAUUUUCAACAUUGUUUACCUUAGUCAUUUCACUUUCUGUGCAUAGAAUACUGUAUUUUAUUUAAGCUAUUUUAGGGCUGACCUGUGGAUGAACGUGUUCAAGAUUUAUAAACCCCUUUUGUAAAGUUCUAAAAUGUACAUUUGUUUUUUUGCAGAUGUUCUCUAACCAAAGUGACCUACAAACAUUACUUAUACACUUUGAGGAAGGAGUAUGAUACAGUUUAUAUUGAUAUAUUUUUAAAUUCUACCGACUCGGUUUUAUUAGUCAAAUACUGCUUGUUACUCUGUUACUUUUAGGUUUUAGGUAUGAAAAUCAUGGUCAAGGCUAUGCAUUAUUGGAAAAGCAUUUUGUUGUGAAAUAGUAUUCUAAACUUUGUUAUAAAGAUAUUGUCAGAUAUUGCUCAGACAUUUUUUCAGUUGGAGCAGUCAUUUAUACCUUCAGUGUUAUGCUCACUUCUCAUCUGUCAGUGCAUUGCAUGUUUUUAGACAAGUUUGUGCCAGGUUGCAGUAUGUUUCAGUUCCCCAACUGUCUUUCCUGAUGUCAUGGUUAUAGUGAUUUUAAUGAGAAUAGUCUUUUUAAAUUAAACAGAGAAACUGGAAUCACUGCCAUAGUGUUAUUAAAGUUAUUUGUAGUGUUAUGUGUUCUAAUGGUCAUGCGAUUGUUCAUGCAAUGGGUAACAAUUACGCAUGUGAACUGUCUUCAGGAAACUCAUCCACUUUGUUUUUUUCUCUUUGAUUUAUCGGAUGUUUAGUUUUCUUGAACCAUUAUAGGACACUGUUGCUUUUGUUCUCUCCAAAUUUAAUCUUGUAUAUUUCUCAAUAUUAAAUUGGUGUUUUGAAUAUGUUCAUCAUUUACAGCAAUAUGGCUUUGAUGGGGUAUAUAUUUAUUUUAGUGGAAUUGGAUUACAAUUUUAGACUUUAUUUUGCUUGAGUGUAUUCAGCUGUACCUUUUAAUUUGCUAA